AUGGAGCAGAAAUUGAUCGUUCUCCUGUUCAUAGCUGCAGGUCUGGCAACGUCAUCGAGCAAUCGUCCAUCAGCCGGUGGCAAUAGUGGAUCUAAUCAACACGAAGAUGAAGAUGUCGACUUGGUGGUCGACGGUGACGACGCUGCCGAAUUUGGGCCAGCACAGUAUUCCGAGGCAGACGUAAUUGCACCGCGCAUGGAUGGCACCCCAAGAGAACAAAAAGAAAGAGAUGCUCUUCGAGAAGCCGUGAUAUCGCCAAACGCGUCAAACACGCCGCACACACCCGAACAAAUUGGCCAAGGUUUGGUCGAAGUGAAGCCUGAACCAGGUACGACGACACCUCUUGGCCAGAACGAGCAAGAUGAGAGCGUUUCGACGUCGCCCAGAAGGGAUGGUGACACACCGGUGAUUGAGGCUCUCAGAGGCAGGAUUCGGGAAUUAGAGGCUGAAAUGCGUGGUCAGCCGUUUAAGUGUCUCAUCUGCAUGGAACAAUAUAAAAAACCUGUGACUUCAGUCUGCUGCUGGCAUGUGCAUUGUGAGCAAUGCUGGUUACACACAUUGGGCGCGAAAAAGCUGUGUCCACAAUGCAACAUGAUAACCUCGCCUUCAGACUUACGGCGUAUCUACAUGUGAAGGGAGUCGCGUGCCAAACAAGAAGCUGUUGGUUCCGAGUUGUUCGUAGAAAGGUCGAUCGUAAGAAAAUCAACGCGUUUCAAGUGUUUCGAUCGUGUAAAUAUCUGUACAUAUUUAUGCGCCACGUUAAAUUAACUCCUUUAGAUUUACCACGUACUGAUACGCACUAUAGCGUUAGUAAAUUAAGCCGUGAAAGGCGCGCGUGAAUGAUGUCUCGAUCGAACCGAGUCGAGC